AUGGCCUCAAACGGAGAUACACUGAGCAAUGGCAUCAACAAGUCAACGCACCCUCGAAUGCCAAAGCGAUUAUACUCCCUUUCACAGCCACCCUCAAUUGCGGCCUUCGAUAAUCUCUGCUCUCAAUCGACCGCCGCGGAAAGCUACCCCAAGGCGUCGACCAUCAUAUCCAACAUCCCCGUCUACGACCUCCAACAGGACAAGUCAGCCACAGAAGACAUAAGAGAUGAGCUACAAGACGAAUGGCAUCACAUCCUCCACUCUGGGCCCGGUGUCUUCGUCCUACGCAGCUUCAUGCCCGACACGAGCCUGAUCAAUGAGGUCAACGCCGCUUUCGACGAGAUCAUCAGCCUUGAAGCCGCCGCCUCGACAACCAAAGGCGACCACUUCGCCUCGGCCGGCACCAACGCACGGAUCUGGAAUUCCUUUCAGAAGCACGCCGAACGGCAUCCGGCGUCGUUUGUUCGAUACUACGCCAACCCAUACCUCGCGGCCGUUUGCGAAGCCUGGCUCGGCCCCGCCUAUCAAAUCACCGCCCAGGUCAACAUCGUGCGCCCGGGGGGUGAACCGCAAGUCAGCCACCGGGACUACCACUUGGGCUUUCAAACCGCCGAGUCGUGUGCACGGUAUCCACGCGCCACGCAGACAGCGACGCAGUUCCUCACGUUACAAGGGGCGGUGGCACACUCGGACAUGCCUCUCGCGAGCGGGCCAACGCGCUUCCUGCCGUUCUCGCAACGGUUCGAAGAAGGAUUCAUGGCGUACCGACUUCCGGAGUUUCAGGCAUACUUUGACCGGAAAUGGGUGAGUUGCGCGUUAAAAAUAGGAGACGCCGUGUUCUUCAACCCUGCGUUGUUCCACGCCGCGGGGGAGAACUGCACCGACAAUGUCCACCGAUCUGCGAAUCUGCUUCAGAUUAGCAGUCCGUUCGGAAAGACGAUGGAAACAAUCGACACGCUGGCGAUCAUUGAAAGAUGCUGGGACGAGACACGCAGAUUGUACAAGCAGGAGGGCAGAGGGACGAGAAUGAGCGAGGAAAUCUCUGCCAUCCUGAAUGCCAUGGGUAACGGGUAUCCUUUCCCUACGAAUCUUGACCGCCGACCGCCAGCACCGGGCGGCAUGGCGCCAGAGAGUGAAGUUGAUGUCUUGCGGAGAGGGUUGUCCGCAGGAUGGGACACCCAGGAGGUGGUCGCGGCGAUCACAGCCAUUCGUCGAGAAUCGGCGUCGACCGUAUAA